AUGUCCCUGUCCCCACUACUGAGCCCUAGACCCUCUUCAGAGACCCUCAGCCACCCCCCUGGAGAGCCUAGGGGAGUGGAAAUGGCGGCUAUCAGGCUGCGGGGCACCGACCCUGUGGCUGAGUCCCCAGCAUUGCCAGCGCCUUCUUCCCAUGAGGACCGAGUUGGGGGCAAGCACCAUGAGCACCCUGUCUCUGGCAGCGAGGUAGUAGAGUCUGAGCAGGACAAUCUGCACCUUUGUCUGUUGGGGCCAGGCCUCCAGCUGCAGGACCUGGAGUAUGACCUGGGGCCCUGGGCAUCGGCCCAGAGCAGGAUCGUCCAACUGCAGGCCCUACAGGCAGACCUGCAUGGUGCAGCAGAGCGUGUAGAUGCCCUGGUGGCAUUUGGUGAAGGGCUGGCACAGCGGAGUGAGCCGCAGGCCCUGGCCUCCCUGGAGAAGGUCGUGAGGACCCUGGGAGCCCACCGGGACAGCAUCUUCUGGCGGCUGUGGCAACUGCAGGCCCAGCUGGUCAGCUCCAGCCUGGUAUUCGAGGAGGCCGACACACUGGACCAAGACUUGGAGGUGGAGGGGGACUCGGACGGGCCAGGAGUGGGGGGCAUCUGGGGCCCCUGGGCGCCCAGUAGCCUCCCCAGUCCUGCAGAGCUGGAGUGGGACCCUGCGGGGGACAUAGGCGGUGUCAGGCCUCUCGGACGAAAAAUGGCCUGGACCCCUGGGGCUCCCUGUGAGCUGUGUGGUUAUAGGCGACUCCAGAGCAGGGGCCAAGGCCUUGAGGACCUGCUCAGGUCAGGCCUUAACCAUAGGAAACACUUAGCUGGACAUCAGAGACACUCUCUGCUCCAGAAAACUCAGACCAAGAAGCAGCACCGGUCACCCAGGCUCCAGGAGAUGCAGCUGGCGGUUGCACCUGGGGCUCCUGCAAUCAGGCGACCCCUGAUCUUCCUAAUCCUCAUCCUCUUCCUUCUUCUGGUGGGGGCCACAAUGCUGCUGCCCAUGACAGGGGACCCCUGCUGCUCGCCCAGUAGGCUGGCCCGGGCACCUUACCUGGUGCUCAGUUAUGUCAAUGGGCCUCCCCCUCUCUGA